AUUGCUUCGCAGGAGUUGUAGUCCAAGGCGGGCUUCCUUCUCUUGCUGGUAGCGGCGGGGUGCGCACAUGUCCGCUGCAGGAUGCCUUCCACUCCUGAGGCGCUUUCUCAGCAAAGCGCCCCACUCCAGGCUGGGAUUUCAAGCUCAAUUACCACAGUAUAUCCAUAAUUGUCCCAUGAAGUACAUCCUGGUAACUGGUGGUGUCAUCUCAGGCAUUGGUAAAGGAAUUAUUGCAAGCAGCAUAGGCACCAUCUUGAAAUCAUGCGGUUUACGAGUUACUGCAAUCAAAAUAGAUCCUUACAUUAACAUAGAUGCUGGAACCUUCUCGCCAUAUGAACAUGGUGAAGUUUUUGUGCUAAAUGAUGGUGGAGAAGUUGACCUCGACUUGGGAAACUAUGAACGAUUCUUGGAUAUUAACCUUUACAAGGAUAACAACAUCACCACUGGAAAGAUCUAUCAGCAUGUCAUCAAUAAAGAAAGGCAUGGAGAUUACAUGGGAAAAACAGUUCAAGUUGUCCCACAUAUUACUGAUGCUGUUCAAGAAUGGGUAAUGAAUCAGGCAAAGGUUCCUGUGGAUGCUGAUAAGAAAGAACCACAGAUAUGUGUAAUUGAGCUGGGUGGAACUAUUGGAGAUAUUGAAGGAAUGCCUUUUGUAGAAGCUUUCCGACAAUUUCAGUUUAAGGCCAAAAGAGAGAACUUCUGCAAUAUCCAUGUCAGCCUUGUACCACAACCUAAUGCUACCGGAGAACAGAAAACAAAGCCCACCCAGAAUAGUGUCCGGGCUUUAAGAGGGCUUGGCCUUUCUCCUGACUUGAUAGUCUGCAGAAGUACUAAACCUAUAGAAAUGGCUGUGAAAGAAAAGAUUUCCAUGUUUUGCCAUGUGGAACCUGAACAGGUAAUAUUCAUCCAUGAUGUUUCUUCUACUUACCGAGUGCCUCUUCUGCUGGAAGAGCAAGGGAUAAUUAAAUAUUUUAAAGAGAGGCUGAAUUUGCCAAUUGAUGACCAGCCAAGUGAUCUUCUUUACAAAUGGAAGAAAAUGGCAGAUAGGUAUGAAAGGAUGUUGAAGACAUGUUCUGUAGCUCUGGUUGGCAAGUAUACAAAGCUGAGUGAUUGCUAUACCUCUGUUUUCAAGGCCCUAGAACAUUCAGCCCUAGCAAUUAACCACAGACUCAAUUUAAUGUAUAUAGAUUCAACAGACCUUGAAAAUAAUACAGAGGUUGAGAAUCCAGUGAAAUUCCACCAAGCCUGGCAAAAACUAUGCAAAGCAGAUUGUAUAUUAGUUCCUGGAGGUUUUGGACAUAGGGGAACAGAGGGAAAACUUCAAGCCAUUUCAUGGGCAAGAAAAAAGAAAAAGCCUUUUCUUGGGGUUUGCUUGGGGAUGCAGCUGGCAGUAGUGGAGUUUGCAAGAAACUGUCUAAACUGGCAAGAUGCAAAUUCUACAGAAUUUAACCCAAACACAAAGAAUCCUGUUGUCAUUGACAUGCCUGAACAUAAUCCUGGAGACAUGGGAGGAACAAUGAGACUAGGGGAAAGGAAAACUAUCUUUAAUACAAAGGACUCUAUCUUAAGGAAACUUUAUGGUGACGAAGUUUUUGUGGAAGAACGACACAGGCAUCGCUAUGAGGUGAACCCUGAGUUGACUCACUUCUUUGAAGAUAAAGGUUUGAGAUUUGUUGGCCAUGAUACUGAAGGGAAAAGGAUGGAGGUCAUUGAGCUGAAUGAUCACCCAUAUUUCAUUGGUGUCCAGUUCCAUCCAGAGUUUUCCUCGAGGCCUAUGAAGCCAUCGCCUGCCUACCUUGGCCUUUUGAUUGCUGCAACAGGGUCUCUCAGUGCCUACUUGCAACGUGGAUGUAAAUUGUCUCCUAGAAGAAAUGACAGCUAUGGUGACCUUAGUGAUGACAGUUUUCCAGAAAAAGAAUAUCCCGAAUCAGAAAGAGGCUGAACAUUAUUCCAAAGAGGAAGAGCAUGGAAGAAACAGAAGUGGAAGAAAAGGCAUAAUUGAAAAGGUCAUUCCAAGCAGGGGGAAACCUAUUACAUUUUAAAACCACCAGAGAAGACUAACAUCACACAGCUGCUUUCCAUAUAUCUUGUGAAGAUCCCCCUGUGUUCCAGACAAUGCUUCUGCUGACCCAGACAAAAAAAUCAAUUCCAUUUAAGCAUUAUAGCUCUUUUAAAAUUGCAUAAAGGACUGUCUCAUCCUGUCUUGUGUUUUCAGGUGAAUGUUAGCUUUGUGCUAAUUUUUGAUGACUGGAAGGUAUGGGAAUAUUUUGAAUACAUUUCUAAAUCAUUUGAAAUUUCAGAAUCCCUUAAGAGCAUUGCUUAUCAAAUUAAAAAAUGAAACUGUCCAAUAUAUUUAAAUAUGAUCAGUACAGAUUUGUUUUAGGUCUGCUUCCUUCAUAUUGUUAUUCGAUUGACAGACGCCUCUGAUGCAUUAUAACCCUGUCUUAAUAUAUUAAGUGGUGCUGAUUUAUUUCUAUAUAGAAAUAAAAUCUUGGUCUCCACCAUUGUACACGAUGAUUGUCCUUGGACAGAAGUAAUGUAGAAAGUAUUGCUGCACAGUACCAAUCUAAUAAAUAAUAGCUUGUGAUGCUACAGAUACAUAAAAUCUGAAUACAUUGAUGAAAAAUAAUUGGGUUCAUCAUACAUUUAAUAUAACAGAUUGGGGAGUAAUAGUUAGACACAAGCCCAUAUCUUAGUUUCUAUAUCUGUGGCAUACACAUGUUAGGGAGUUGGCUGUGAACAUGGAUUUAAUCCUAAUUCCUUGUUUUGGUCUCCCAGCAGAAACUAGUUUGUGCCAUGUGAUCUCAUCUGUUUGGGGAUGCUCUAAUUGAUGGAAGAUUCAGACAGCUACUAGGGACAGAGAUGUGUUUCUCUUUGGGCCUCGGAGAGGUUCGGAGACUCUGGUAACUUCCAGAUACAUUUAUUUUAGGUAGAACCUUUUCCAGCAUGUCUGGUGCAGUAGAGUAGCAGUGUCACUGUUGCAGCAACAAAGGAUUGCUUUUUGCACUGUUUCUUUUGAGAGCCCUUUAGAGGUGAGUGGAGAUAUGUCCAGACACCAGCUAACUUGAUGGCAUGCCUAUUAUUAUUAUUCUUAGAGGAAGAAAGGGAAUAAAAGCUGUGUGUUUUAAUAUCCUAUGUCACUACGGGAAAGUGCCCUGUUAUUCAAGUGCUGUAUGUUUUUAAAGCGAUUUCCCCUCCAAAUAAAAUUCUAUACUUAGUUUCCUAAUGUUCAUGCCAGUGUAACAUGUGAAGAGAAAACUGGGGAAAGUAACUUUGUUCCUGUAUUUUUUUAAUGCAUAUAUAAAUGCUUUGGAAAAUUUUAUGAGAGUUGAUGCUGCUAGAUGACUGAGUCUCAGUUAUCAUACAUUGAUUGUUGCCAUCUAAAGCAUGUUAGAUUUUCUUAAAGAUUUCCUGUAAGUUUGAAUUGAAUUUUGAAAUGUAUUAAAAAGUUAAAUGAA